AUGAUUGAGACCAUAAAUACCUGCCGUGUGGAGGAGACGGCUAGUUCUUCAGAAUGCCCUCUUUGGCAAACGGAUACCGCCUGCCCCGCCCCCUUCAGCCUGUACCCGGCCCUGGAGGACGUCGGCUGCUUGUAUGAGGUUCUUUCAGGCAAUUCAUGGAAUGUCAGUCGAGACACUUGCCAAGAGGCGGGUGGUGACCUGAUGGUUCCAAGCGGCCCUGAACAAUACGCCAGGAUAAUUGCUUACUUCAAAGGGUAUAUUCCAGGAGGAUCGUGGUGGGUUGGCAUUUACGACAAUGUGUGGCUGACCGGUCGGGUUGGCGUCACGGCAGAGUGGGACGCAGGCCAGCCCAACGGGGGAGGAGAGCACUGCGGGUCCAUGCUCUCUGCCUCUACCAUGGGCGACUACCCUUGCUCCACCACGAUGAGGGCAGUCUGUCAGAUACGGCGUUGAUCAUUCCAGGGGCACGCAACAUGAACGGGAUGUGGAAGAAAGCAAUGAAUGAUUUUAUAUUUGUGAACUGUGAUUUGUUUUCCUACUGGGUGUCAUAUCACAAG